AUGGCUUCAAAUCCACAGGAUGGGCAACCGAUGCCCGGCGAUAAGACUCUGCAUGUCUGGUCGAAACCCAUAGAGCAAAACGAAGCUACCACAGUCAACGGCGAACAUGGAGCGACACCGACGAAUAAUAGGCCAACUAUUUCAGAGGCCGUUUCUAUGAUCAAGAAGGAUGAUUUUGCCAAUGUUGCAAAUACUCCUUGUGCUCGACAGGGCUUCAUCACAGGAAUAGCAUCUGGUGCCGGUAUUGGAGGAUUGAGGUUUGUCCUCAAAGGGAAUCCUGGUAGCGCUGCAAACUGGGCUGUUGGAAUGUUUGUUCUUGGAAGCAUGGCAUCAUACGAAUGGUGCCAGUACCUACGCCGCGAGGAACGUCGACAAAUGAAACGACACAUUGAGGUGGUAUCAGAGAAUAGGAGAGAGCAAGCAAGAAAGAUCCAAGAGGCAAGGCGUGAGCACGACAAACUGGAGGCUGAAAAGAAGGCUGCAGUAAAGCCAUGGUAUAAGGUCUGGUGA